AUGAUGUUGAUUUUAUUGAUAAAGAAUAAAAAUUAUUUUGCUUCAUCUAGGGUGGAUCGAAGGCGCAAUACCAGUUUAUCAUCAAAUUUUAACAUCGUCCGUGACCUGAAAUAUUGGUCUGAUCGACGAUUUCUUACAAACAGGUACGGCGCCGAUGUUCGCGGGUAUGCGAGGCAUGCAUCAACAAAUGCUAUCUGGCGGCUCAAUUGGGACCUCUUCAAUCAGCGGCUUGAGCAGUUUUGGGCAUCAUUUGUCUUCGGCGUUACCAGCCCUACCCCCGGAUCGUAA